UUUGCCUUCUUCCUGGUACUUUUCUGUGUUUUCCAGAGCUUCCGAAAUGACCUUCUGUUGUUUAAAACCAAAUGCUUUUGAAUCGGUGGUAUCAUCAGGUGGUUUAAAAACUGGGGGAUGGUGUACAGUGACCACGGCCUGCUCCUUGGCCCCCAUCACGUUGAUUACUUUCUCCCGCACCCUUCCCAAGUCUACAGAGAGUACAAACAGACACGGAAACCAUUAUUUUCCACCUUUGCUUACAGAGGACGCAGCGCUAUGUGCACGCUGUCACCACCGUGCUCUCUGCACCUCAUUAGGGCCUGGGUGUGGGCGGUCCUGGUCCCAGAGCACUGGCUGCUGCCAUGAAGUCAGCUGCGGGGUCUCACCAGCCUCGUCUUUCUCCUUUUCUUGGGGAGGGACGGUGCUGGCUGUGCAGUUCCAGGAGGGGGAGUGGGGGAGCCCCUUGUGGCUGACUCCCGGGCAGGGGAAUUCUGGGCAGAGCUGGAGGCCGGCCUUUCUGGAAACGCAUCCAUCAGGUGAUUACACAGUGAGAGUGAAACCAGCUCCUUUCAGAAGCUGCAGCCCGCGGUUGACCUUCAAAUGUCUGAAAAGCGAGAAAAGAAGCGGGGCCGAGCUCUCAGGACGGGAAGUGGGCUGUACUGGAAGGCUGGCUCUGCUCAGUGCCGGCCUCUGCUCUGGGGACAGCACCGGCACAGGAGGGGCAGCCCAUGUCCAGGGUCCUAAGUGGGGGCCCAUGUCGGCCUUCCUGCCUCCUGGCCCUGAGUGCUGUCUCCCAGAGGCCUGGGAAGGAACCCGCGUGGGAAUCCCCUGAGUUGCCCGACGACCAGAGGCUUGGCCUUGGUGGGGCUGCGGUGCUCAUGGCUGCAGCCAGCGCGACCCCUCCCGCCUCCCUGGACCUGCUGCAGCCUGGCUUCUCCAAGACCCUCCUGGGGACCAAGCUAGAGGACAAGUACCUGUGCUCGGCCUGUAGGAACGUCCUGCGCAGGCCCUUCCAGGCUCAGUGUGGCCACCGCUACUGUUCCUUCUGCCUGAGCAGCAUCUUGAGCUCCGGGCCCCAGAACUGUGCCGCCUGCGUGAACGAGGGCAUUUACGAGGAAGGCGUCUCUAUCCUGGAGAGCAGCUCGGCUUUCCCGGACAAUGCUGCCCGCAGGGAGGUAGAGAGCCUGCCAGCCGUCUGUUCCAGCGAGGGCUGCACCUGGAAGGGGACCCUGAAGGAGUACGAGAGCUGCCACGAAGGACACUGCCCGUUCGUGCUGACCGAGUGCCCGGCGUGUAAAGGCCUGGUGCGCCUGGGCGAGAAGGAGCACCACCUGGAGCACGCGUGCCCGGAGCGAAGCCUCAGCUGCCGGCACUGCAGGGCGCCCUGCUGCUCGGCCGACAUGAAGGCGCACCACCAGGUCUGCCCCAAGUUUCCCUUGACCUGCGAGGGCUGCGGCAAGAAGAAGAUCACACGCGAGAAAUUUCAGGACCACGUCAGGACAUGUGGCAGAUGCCGAGUCCCCUGCAGGUUCCACGCUGUCGGCUGCCCCGAGAUGGUGGAGGGCGAGAGGCUGCAGGAGCACGAGGCGCAGCGGCUCCGGGAGCACCUGGCCCUGCUUCUGGGCGCCCUCCUGGAGGCCGGGCCCCCCCUCCUCAGCCAGGGCGAGCAGGGCUGGGGGGCCAGCACGCCAGGCCCGGGGGCAGCGCCCUCCCAGGCGGCGGAGCUGCUGCAGAGGUGCGAGGCCCUGGAGCGGAAGACGGCCACCUUCGAGAACAUCGUCUGCGUGCUGAACCGGGAGGUGGAGCGGGUGGCCGUGACUGCCGAGGCCUGCGGCCGGCAGCACCGGCUGGACCAAGACAGGAUCGAAGCCCUGAGCAAUAAGGUGCAGCAGCUGGAGAGGAGCAUCGGCCUGAAGGACCUGGCCAUGGCCGACCUGGAGCAGAAGGUCCACGAGAUGGAGGCGUCCACCUUCGACGGGGUGUUCAUCUGGAAGAUCCCGGACUUCGCCAGGAAGCGCCAGGAAGCCGUGGCUGGCCGCACGCCCGCCAUCUUCUCCCCAGCCUUCUACACCAGCAGGUACGGCUACAAGAUGUGUCUGCGCGCCUACCUGAACGGAGAUGGCACUGGGCGCGGGACGCACCUGUCCCUCUUCUUCGUUCUGAUGAAGGGCCCCCACGACGCCCUCCUGCACUGGCCCUUCAACCAGAAGGUGACCCUGAUGUUGCUGGACCAGAACAACCGGGAGCAUGUGAUUGACGCCUUCAGGCCCGACGUGACCUCAUCCUCGUUCCAGAGGCCGGUCAGCGACAUGAACAUCGCGAGCGGCUGCCCGCUUUUCUGCCCCGUCUCCAAGAUGGAGGCCAAGAAUUCCUACGACCUGACAGGUGGCAUCUCCCCAGGACCAGGACUUGCCCGGCCUCCAGGUGUUUCCUCGACAGUGGCAGAGCCCGGGCAGCCUGAGCACAGGCUUGCACCUCGGCUGGACCCGGUCAGGGCUUCAGCCCGGGGCUGCAGGAUGGGCACGGCGUCCUGGCCGGGAGCUGGCCACACCCAGGUGCACUAGUGACCGGGACUGGGUGCUCGAGUGGAGUCCUUACGGAAGACCCGUGACAACGUUGUCGCUUCUCUGUUUUGAGAAGUUAAAGAAUUGAAAGGCACAGAGUAAUAAGCUCCGUGUGUCCAGAAUUAACACGUGUACACGUUUUGAAUUCUGUAUUUUAAUUAAAGAGAAACAUUGCGGAAAA